CGACCCAAAUACGGAGUAACAAACUCUUCAAAGUCUCCUUUUUCAUUGUUCCUUUCUUCAAUCUAUCGGAUUGCAGUACCAGAAGCUUCCUCCAUCGAAUCCACCAGUAUUUUAUCCAGGAUCAUCGAACCCUAACCCUAGAACCUGAUCGAUUGAUCGAUUGAUCUCCGUAAAGAUCAAAUCAUUCUUCGGAAAAUCCAAUCGGAAAGCGCUACAAUAUGCAUCGCGGCGACGUCGGAGGCUCUUCCUAUGAUCCACAGUACUAUCCUCCCCACUAUCAAAACCCUAACCUUAUAUCUGCGCCAACCGAUCCUCAGUAUGCCCACGCCACCGCCCCAUACGCAUCGGCUCCGCCGGUUUCAUCAGGUUAUGCUUCCUCCGAUUACUCCAGUUAUCCCUCUAAUUACCCUCCGUAUCCCCAGAAUUCCGAUCACGUCCCUAGUCAACCACCUCCGUAUUCAAACACCUUCCCUCACCUCGAGGCUCAGCAACCGGGGGCUUACUAUACCUACGAUCAGAAUCAGAAUCAAAAUCAAUCUGGCUUGAGUUAUGAUUAUUUGGCAGCUGGUGCUAAUUAUAAUCCGCCGAACCCUAAUUACAGUUCAGCUUCGUUUUCGUCAGCUCCGCAUCUCUCGAGCUCGUAUGGGAGCUCCGGUGGGUCGAAUUUUGGGAAUUCGGUUGAGAGUAAUGUGAAUUAUAGUGGCUAUGCCGACCAGGGGUUGUAUGAUAGUGGUGUUUAUAAAUAUAAUGGAGGAAAAGCGGAUACAUAUGGUGGUAGUGGCGGUAGUAGAUCGGAGCCAUCCAGUGAAGUGUUAUUUGAUGAUUAUGGACGCCCUAUUAAUAUUCCAGGUGGGAAGGAACAGAAGGGCUCUGGGAGUUUUCCUAAAAUUGUCAAAGCGGUGCCAAAGGUUGAGGAACAUGAGGAUCCUAAGGGUGGCGUGCUAAAGUUCCGUGUCAAGCUCUUAUCAGAAGGCUAUGGCCAAACUGACAUGGAUGUGCUAUGUCAGAUUGGACUGGAUGGGAUUAGAAUACUUGAGCCUGCUACAAGCAGAACUCUAAAGAUAUAUCCACUUGACGAUGUGGCAAGAUGGGAGGUAUUGGAUUCAUAUAUAUUUGCAUUUUGGACCAAAAGCUCAGUUGACACUGAACCUAAACGAAUCAGGCUUAAAUCAAACAGCUAUACCACAAACAAUAUCCUGGAUGCCGUGACAGCAGCAAGUAUUCAGGUCAAGGAAAUGGGUGAAACUAAUAGACCUUCAGAUCUUACCAGAAGUGGAUCUGAGCAACUUGCAGACAGGAAGAAAGGUUUUACUGAUUGGAUGAAAAUAAUGAAGCCACAAAAUGAAGAGAAAGAUCACUGGGUUCCUGAUGAAGCAGUCACCAAGUGCAAUAAUUGUAAGUGCGACUUCAAUGCGUUUGUCAGAAGGCAUCACUGCAGGAAUUGUGGGGAUAUCUUCUGUGACAAGUGCACACAAGGUAGAAUUGCUCUUACAGCAGAUGAGAAUGCUCAACAAGUUCGAGUGUGCGAUCAGUGCAUGGCAGAGGUGACUCAGAGGUUAAGCAAUGCAAAAGAAGCUGCUCAAAGGAUUGGUGGAUUACAGAGCCAUGAGGAUCUUGCAAGAAAACUUAAAGAGGAGAUGAGUAAAAAUCGCAAGACAACAGGCAAGAGUUCUGAGGGAUCUGGGAGGAUGAGAGAGGUUGCCUGUCCUAUUUGCACAGUCCAUUUACAGGUUCAAGUCCCAGCUUCUGGAUCUGAAACCAUAGAGUGCAGCGUGUGCCAGCAUCCUUUCCUUGUUAGUGCUCAUUGAGUUUUGCUUCAUUCAUAUAUCUAUUUUGAUUUGUCCAUAUAUUUGUGUGGAUCAGAGAUGUAAGGAUUAGAAUUGUGUAUCCAUUCUCUUGGAAUAAUGAUAUCUCCCACUGUAGAUAUACUAUCUAUAAUUGUUUUAAUGCGUAUAUGUUGCAAUACCUGUUUCUGAUAA